AUGAGUACUACAUCAAAUACAAUUAUUGGAUCAGGACCACAAUCUAUAUAUGCAUCAAAUCCAAAUAAUAAAGUAUUAAUUAUAGAUAAUGGAGCAUAUACUCUAAAAAUUGCAACAAAUAAUCCAUCACAAGGUCAUCUAGUUAUUCCAAACCAAAGUGGCAAAGUUAAAAAUGAUAAACAUUCAUUAUUAGGGGACGACUUAAGCAAUUAUAGUAACCCAUCAGAAGUUAAAUGCAGAAACCCAAUGGAGAAAGGAUAUAUUACAAAUUGGUCAUUAGAAAAAGAAAUAUGGGACUAUGUAUUCAAGAGAGAUGAUAUGAAAGUAAAACCACAGGAUUAUAAUUUAUUAUUAACAGAGGAGCCAUUCGCAUUGGAGGAGAUUAGAAAGACAAUGUAUGAGGUAGUUUAUGAACAAUAUAAAUUUAAAUCACUUUAUUUAACAUGUCCAUCAACAUUGGGUCUUGUAAACAUUAAGCAGCAACUAUUACAGCACCAAAUGCAACAACUACAACCACCUUUAGAUGCAAACAUGCAAUUACUUUUGAAAUCACCUUGCCAUUUAGUAGUAGAUUGUGGGUAUUCAGCAACUCAUAUUGUACCUCAUUUUCAAAACACCAAAUUAAAUUACGCAAUAAAAAGAUUUGGAAUUGGAGGAAAAAUUAUGACAAAUUAUUUAAAGGAAAUCGUAUCAUUUAGAUAUUGGGAUAUGAUGCACGAAACCAAAUUAAUGAAUAUUAUCAAAGAGAGAACCUGUUUCAUUUCCACAGAUUUUAUGAAAGAUUUAACAACUUGUCAAAAAGAAAGAGAAAAAUCACCAUUAAGAUUAGAUUAUGUUUUACCAAAUUAUAACGAUUCAAAUAAUAAAACAGGAUAUAUAAAAAAACCAAAAGAGCAAAUUAAUAGUAGUGAUAAUGAUAUUAAAGAAAAUUUAGAUAGUAACAAUAAUAGUAAUAGUAAUAAUAAUAAUGAAAAAGAUGAAGAUAUGGAUCAAGUUUUAACAUUGGUAAAUGAAAGAUUUACAGUACCAGAGUUAUUAUUUAAUCCAUCAGAUAUUGGUAUGAACCAAGCUGGUUUAGCAGAGUCAAUCGUUCAGUCCAUCAAUUGUACAAACCCAAAUUUACAUAUUCCUUUAUAUUCAAAUAUAGUUUUAUUGGGUGGUUCAACACUUUUCCCUGGUUUAAAACAAAGAUUGGAAUUAGAGUUAAGAAGAUUGGCACCCGAGCAAUAUAAUAUAAACAUUUUUCAACCUCAAGACCCAAUUUUAUCACCAUUAUAUGGUGGUAUAAGAUUAGCACAACAACCAGAUUAUUUAAAAUAUACAGUUUCAAGACAGGAAUAUGAAGAGUAUGGCUAUAACUAUUGUAAUAAAAAAUUCUUUUAG